AUGCCGCCAACUCGAAGCCAACCUCAUCAUCUCCUCGUCCACCUCCUUCCGUCAACCCCUCGCCCUCAGCCCGCCAUGCUGCCUCUAGCGCUCCUCCACGCGGCGCAAAACAAGCCCAUGCUGGUCGAGCUCAAGAACGGCGAGACGUUCAACGGGCACCUGGUCGCCUGCGACAACUUUAUGAACCUCACGCUCAAGGAGGUCUACCAGACGAGCGCGGAGGGCGACCGGUUCUGGAAGCUGCCGGAGGCAUACGUUCGGGGCAACAACAUCAAGUACAUCCGCGUCGCAGAGAACCUCGUCGACCAGGUCAAGGAGCAGGAGGAGGAGCAGCGGCGACGCGGUGGACCCGGUGGCCGGGGUGGUCGUGGCGGCGGAAUGGGCGGCGGCAUGAGGGGUGGUGGGGGUGGACGAGGACGUGGCGCAGAUCGCGGUGCCCGCGGCGGCGGACGGGGCGGCGGUGGACCAGGACGAGGCGGUGCACGCGGCGGUCGUGGCGGCGGCGGCGGCGGCGGGCCGGGCUUGUAG